CACUGAUUGGCAUUGAUAGGUGGCACUGACUGGCACUGAUAGGUGACACUGAAAGGCAGCUCAGAUGGGCACUGAUAUGUGGCAUUGAUGUGGCACUGAUGGUCACUGGCACGAGGCACUGAUGAGCACUGACAAGGGCACUGAUGGACACUGACAGGUGGCGUUGCUGGAGCUACACUGAUCAUCAGGGCACACUGAUCAUCAGUGCCCUGAUGAUCUGUGUACAUCUGUCAGCGUGGCAGCUCGAGAGGAGAGAAAUGCCGAUAACCGGCAUUUCCCUGUUUACACGUGAUCAGCUGUGAUUGGAUACAGCUGAUCACAUU